UCGUCCCAACGAACCGAAUGAGGAAUGACGUCAAGGCAAAACUGAAAAAUCGUGCAAACUUAUUGCUGGCAUAAAAAGACAAACCAAAUCUAGCAAGUAUAUUGUUUGGUUGCUAAGAUUUUUUAAACAUUUUGUUUUACCUCCGUCUAAAUUCCUCCAGAAACCUCGUCGCCGUCGAAGAUCCGUCCUCAAUCCUAAUAGGGUUUUAUCUAUUGGGGAAUUUCUUUCCCUUCAUUUUGGGUUAGGGUUUUGUUUUUAGAUGAUCAAAGCAAGGAAUACAAGAUGCAGCAGCCACCGCAGAUGAUUCCUGUGAUGCCUUCAUAUCCACCCGCAAAUAUUACCACUGAGCAGAUCCAGAAGUACCUUGAUGAAAAUAAAAAAUUGAUUUUGGCGAUCUUGGACAAUCAAAACCUUGGAAAACUUACUGAAUGUGCCCAGUAUCAAGCCCAGCUGCAGAAGAAUUUAAUGUAUUUAGCUGCAAUUGCUGAUGCACAACCACAAGCACCACCUAUGCCUCCCCAGAUGGCACCACAGCCUGCAAUGCAACAAGGAGCAUAUUACAUGCAACAUCCUCAGGCAGCAGCAAUGGCUCAGCAGUCAGGCAUUUUCCCUCCAAAGAUGCCAUUACAAUUCAAUAACCCUCAUCAGAUGCAGGAUCCUCAGCAGUUGCUCCAAGCAGUCAUUCAAGGACAAAUGGGAAUGAGACCCAUGGGGGUCAACAAUGGCAUGCAUCCCAUGCAUACCGAGGCAACUCUUGGAAGCAGUGGGCCAUCUGCAACUGUCAGCUCUAAUGAUGUGCGCGGGGGAAGCAAACAGGACGUCCCUGAUGCUCGGGCAUCAGGUGCUGAUGGUCAAGGGAAUUCAGCUGCUGGCCACAGUAGUGGCGAUGGUGCUGAGGAUGCAAAAUGACAUUCUGUGGGAGUUGUUCUAAAUGGAUACCUCUGGCUGUUAAUAGUAGGCAUAUUUUACAUCAGAAUUGACAUUGUUCUAUGAUUUCUAAGUAGGCGGAACAAAGAAUUGGAUCCUUCUUGUUUCUUUGUAGUUUUUACUGAUUAGGUAGGUUAGUUGUAAGAGUGUGGGUAAUGAAUGAAAAUGCAAAGUAGCAGUAAGAGAGACAGCUGUAGGUUGCAGAAGGUGGAAGUUUGUUGAUCCAAAUUGUAUGUCAUUUUAUACUGGUUACUUGUGCA